AUGGCGUCGCGAUCCGCGUUGGCCAGCGUGCCCACGGCCGUGGCGGCGUGCGCGUCGUCGUGCGGCGCCACUCUCGCCGGUGCGGCAGCGCCGCUCCUCGUUGCAUCCGAUCCCUUCGCCGCGUUCGAUCGGCGUGAGUUGUGGCGAGUAGAUCCUGCUCGCUGCUCGUUGACGACCGCUGCUUCCCCGCCGGAGCAGACGGCGACCGAACAAUCUCGAUCGGUCCUGUCGGAGCAUUCGCACUCCCACCCGACCGCCGCUCCCGCCGCUCGGGUCUCAUCCGCUGCCUUCGUUUCUUCCCCGCUCGUAGCCCACAUCCAAUCGCGCUUCGCGGUCGCUCAUGCUUCCACAGCCGCCCAUCCGGGAUCGGCUGGAUCUCGUCAUCCCCUAGCCGUCCGUCCAGGUUGCAAUGGUUACCACCAUAUCCUCACCAAUGUCUUGCCUCGCUCGCUCCUUCGCCAGAUCUCGCUGACGUCACCAUGUUCAUCUCAGCGCAGAUUCAGCGGGUGCAGAGCAGCGGGAUCAACGGCUAGCAUUUUCUCCCGAUCAACGGCUGGAAUAGAUCCUGGAUCGACGGUUAGCAUCGAUGGGAAGGGAGAGGAGGGCGGGGCGGCAGUAUUCAGGGGAGGUGCUUCGUCUCACCCCGAGAUGCUGGGUUCAGGUGCUGACAAUGUCGCACAGUCGCACGAAAGCGAUGAUGACGAUAGCGCGUCGGAUGAUAGCGCCAUGGCGGACAUUGAUGCGAGCGCGCAGGGAUCAUCGGAUGCGGCGCGGAGCAGCGACGGCGAGGGAAGCGCGGAUGGCCGCGCGAUGGGCGCGGGAGGACAGGCGGAGGCGGACGCGGCAGCGCAGCAGGCGGCGGGGCUGGCGACACUGGCGGAGCUGUACGAGGCGCAGGAGAAGCUCGCCAGGAGCGCGCGCUUCCGCGAAUCGGUUGCGCUCUUCCGCGCGUGGAUACGCAAGGACAAGAGCGCGGGCGCAGGGGGAGGCGCAACCGAGGCAGGGGGCGCUCCUGCGCCGGCUGCUGGCGCGGAGGCAGCCGGGGAGGCUGGGGCCGCGGCAGAGAAGGCGGAAAGGCCAGAAUGGUGGAAUCACGAAUUCGAGGCGCAGCUAAGGAAGGAGCGAGAGGAACAGCUGCCGUUGAUGACGUGGCAGCUGUACCUGCACGCGCUGAUGCACGUGGGGCCACCUGUGCAGGCGGUGCAGGGUGUGGUGCGCGCGAUGAGGGAGAUGCGCGGGCAGGGCGUGCAAGCGUCAGAGGAGACGUACCACGUGCUGCUGCAGACCGCCCUCGCCCGCCGCGACGCCAACUCCGUGCUGCUCUUCCUCUCCCAGUGCGUCGGGGCGUCAGGGUGUCGUGGGGGUGUGGGGCCGAUGGGAGCGGCGAGGGUGGCACCAAAGGCGGGCAGCUACAGCGAGGCCAUAGUGCUGUGUGCCAAGGAGCGCCGCAUGCAGGCGGCGUUGCAGCUCGUGGCGGACAUGCGGAGGGCGCGCAUGGUGCCCUCCCCCCGGGCCGUGGCGGAGCUGCUCGCCACGUGCCUGCACACACGGCGCUCCCGUGAUGCCAUGGCUGUGCUCGAGGUGGCCAAGCAUGGUGCCCUUGCGGUUGCACCACCCAUGUAUUGGCACUCAACGCCACGCUCCCUCGCCACGCACUCCCUCCUCCCCCACCUCGCCGCCCCUUCCCUGCCCGUCCUCUCCAAGCGCCUUCCGUCCCCCGCCCGCAAUGCAUGGCAGGCGCACAAGAUACAGGUGGAGGGCAGGGCCAUGGAGCAUGCGCUCAUGACGGCGGUCGACGCGGAGGACUAUGACUGCGCUACUCUUGCCCUGCAGGUGCGCUACUCUUGCCCUGCAGUCUCCCCCGCCUCUCUCCCCCGUCCCUCGCCCCCCUCCCACCAGCUGAUGCAGGAGCAAGGGGAGUACGUGCACGACGGGCUGAUGCUACACGUGGCCAACAUGGCGGCCAGGCUGGGCGACACCAACAUCAUGGAGCACGUGUGGGACCGCCUCGUGCGUCUCCCCCACCCCCCCUCCCCCGCCUUCCACCUAGCGCGCAUCCACGCCUACAGCACCGCGCCCAAGUUCUCCUGCGCCUUCCGCGCCGCGCUGCACCUGCAAGACUUCCUGCUGCACCCCACGCUCGCGCGCCCCACGGACCUCCGCCCCUAUGACAUCUUUCCCAAGUUCCGCCCCGGUGCUCCCGGCGCUCCCGAGGAUGAUUGCUUCCGCUACACGCUGCCGCUGCCGGGAGCGGCUGGUGCUGCGGGUGCAGGGGGUGAGGGGGAGGGGCUGGCGGGGGGAGAGGGGGGGUUGACAGGUGGCGGUGCGCCAUUGGAGGAGCUGAACCCGUUCACGUCGCUGCGGCCGCUGACGCUGGCGCUGUGCUCUAAUGUGGAUGUGCUCGAUAAGGUGAGCCAUGGGGGGCACACUGGGGGGCCCGCUGGGUCGUGGUGCGCUCCACCUGACCGGCAACCCGUGCAUACAGCAGUGCUGUGCCAUGCAGAGGGAGGUGUGUGCGGUAGCCAUACCUCUCCAUGCUCCCCCCUCGUCUCCACCCCCUCAACUCUCUUCUUCUCCCCUUUACCACCUUCGCCCCCUUCCGCCCACCCCCACCAGCAGGGCUACAGCACGUUGGAGAGCAUGCACGGGCAGGGCGAGGCGGCGCUGGCAGCACUCAACUUCUGUGGCGCCUCUUUCCUCCCCUCCUCUCCUCCCCUCCCCUCUCCCCCUCCCCCCUUCCCACGGCACCACCAGGGCUACAGCACGUUGGAGAGCAUGCACGCGCAGGGCGAGGUGGUGGCACUGGCGGCGCUCAACUGUGUGGUGGCGGGGUGUGCCAUGCAGCGCGACGUGGGGCGCGCACAGCUCACCUUCGAUGAGAUCACUCGCACCUUCCAGUUGCAGCCCGACACGCACUCCUUCAACGCCCUCAUGGACUGCUACUCGGGCGUGGCUGAUGUGCGCACGGUGGUCCAGCUGUUUGAGCACAUGACGCGCACACUGCACCUGCCGCCCUCCGCCGACUCCUUCACCAUCCUCGUGGACGCCCACAUCCGCGCCUUCCAUGCCCCGGGGGCAUGCAUCGCCAUGGAUAAGAUGGGCUUCAGGGGUGCAUGGAGCACAGCAGCAGCUCAUGAGCUGCAGCGUCUCUCCUCCCCUUCCCUCCCCCUUUCCUUCUCCAACCCCUGCCCUCCCCCUCUCCUCCCCCCAUCCCCCGCCCUUCCCCUCACCAUCCCCUAUCCCCGCCCUCCCCCUCUCCCUCCCUCUUCCCCCCGCCUGCCCCAUAUACUCUCCUCCGUCCACCCCCUCUGCUCUAAGGUGGAGGCGGGCUUCACACCAUCACGCCCGCUGCUGCUGCGCCUGCGGCGGCGCUGCCUGUGCUCCGGGCUGGCGGAGGGAGUGGCGCGAGCAGAGGGCCUGCUGCAGGCGCUGCGCUUCCGCACCGUCAACGCCGACGAGCGCCGCCGCCGCCAGAACCUGGCACAGCUGCCGCCCUCCGUGGCCGAUCCCCGCCUUGCUGCCCGCAUGCAAGGGGGGGGACAGCGAGAGGGGGGGCAGCGGUGGAGGGAGGAGCGAGGGGAGGGGCAGCGGUGGGGGAGGCGGCGAUGGGGGGAGCAAGGGGGGCAGGAGCAGCAACAGUGGCAGGAAGAGCGGCGGCAAGAGGGGGAGGAGGCAGGUUCACCUGUCCGCUCCUUCCGCCUUAGCACCGAGGUUUGCGCCGCAGGAUCGUCGCGCAGCGCCACGAUGAGCGCGCGUCGCGCGCUGUCGCGCUCGCUCCACCAGCUGGCGGGCUCUCUAUCGUCCACCAUCCGCGCUGCACCGCUGCGACCCUCACCAUCACCGCCGCCACUGCCUCUGCCCCUGCUGCGUUCGCUACCACGGCACCCACCACAAUCACGGCUGCAAUCCUCCCACUCGCUCUUCGCUCCCCUCCACCGUAUUACCGCCAUUCCCAAGGGUUGUAACAUCGCUGCUCCCAACAUUUCCAAGUGGCAAGCGCCCGGCGGUUUGGCAGGUGGCAUAAGGCAGCAGAUUCGGGCGCUCACCCUCACAUGCCUUCGGGGCCGCGCGCUGGCGAAUCCCAGACUGCCAUCGGAUCCGUUUCUGCCACGUGGCAGCGGCUCAUUGGCUGCCCCUGCUUUGUGGAAGGGGGUUUCUCUUGGCGUGCAGUGCGCGGCAGCGGCCUCUGCUGCCCUGCUGCCCUCCAAGGCGGCUGCUUGCACUGACGCUCCCCAAACCCCACCCCCUCUCAGCAACAGUAACGACGGCGACGAUGACGUCACCUCGCUGCUGGCCCUCCUGAGGGUGCUGGUGGCGCAGGUUUGGCCGCUGCUGGUGCUGCUGGCGUCCCUCUUUGCGCUUCAAGACGAGCCCGCCGUGGCAACCCUCAACCUCGCUCUGCUGUGCUGGGGGUUGCGACCUGAUGAGCACAGCCUACAUGACUGGCUCGAGCAGAAGAGAAGCGAGGAGCUCAAGGAUAAGAACGGCCUCGACUGGGCCACAUCGCAU